AUUUGAGAACAAUGGAAGCUUUCAAACUCAGUCUCAAGCCUUGGUCGUCUUGCUUUUUACUUGGCAUCUUUGUUUUGUUUGCUUUACUAGCUUGUUAUGCAGAUGCUGAAACUCACUACCAUCAAUUUGUUGUUCAACAAACACCGAUCACGAGGCUAUGCAGGACCCGUAAUAGAAUCACAGUCAAUGGGAUGUUCCCGGGACCAACAUUGGAAGUCAGAAAUGGAGAUUCUCUGGUGAUCAAAGUUGUAAACGGUGCACAAUACAAUGUUACCAUGCACUGGCACGGCAUUCGACAGCUGCAGAAUCCAUGGGCAGAUGGGCCUGAGUCUGUCACUCAGUGCGCCAUCCAACCUGGUGCAGCCUACACAUACAGGUUCACAAUCAUAGACCAAGAGGGGACAUUGUGGUGGCAUGCUCACAGCAGAUGGCUUAGAGCCACUGUUUAUGGAGCUCUCAUUAUUUAUCCUAAAUUGGGUUCUCCAUAUCCAUUUCCUACACCCAAGAGAGAAUUUCCAAUUCUUCUUGGGGAAUGGUGGAACAGAAACCCCAUGGAUGUCCUGAGGCAGGCACAAUUCACAGGAGGAGCACCAAAUGUAUCUGAUGCAUAUACAAUGAAUGGUCAGCCUGGUGAUCUAUAUGCAUGCUCAAGCAAAGAAACUGUGAGAAUACCUGUGGAUACAAAGGAGACAAUUCUCCUAAGGAUCAUCAACUCUGCACUCAAUCAAGAACUUUUCUUUACCGUUGCCAACCACCAGUUGACUGUUGUGGCUGCCGAUGCUAUUUACACAAAGCCUUUCAAUACUCGGGUCAUUAUGAUAGGACCUGGUCAAACAACGGAUGUCCUCCUCACAGCUGAUCAGACACCGGCCCGCUACUACUUGGCAGCACGCGCCUACCAAACUGCUAUGAAUGCUGCCUUUGACAACACCACCACCACGGCAAUCCUUGAGUACAAGGCUGCAUCUUGCAAGAAAGGGAAACCAGCUCCAAGACCAAUCUUACCACAAUUACCAGCAUUCAACGACACAGCCACUGCAAGGGCCUUUACUACUGGGCUCAGAAGUCCUUCGAAGGCCGAAGUUCCUACGAACAUAGAUGUGAGCCUUUUCUUCACAGUGGGUUUAGGACUAAACAACUGUUCAAAUCCAAAUAGCCCCCGUUGCCAAGGCCCCAAUGGGACUCGCUUUGCUGCUAGCAUGAACAAUGUCUCUUUUGUAUUCCCAAGAAGGACCUCUCUCAUGCAGGCUUACUACCAAGGAAUACCUGGUGUCUUCACCACUGACUUUCCACCUGUUCCCCCUGUGCAAUUUGAUUACACAGGUAAUGUGCCACGAGGACUAUGGCAGCCAUCUACUGGGACGAAGCUCUACAAGCUGAAAUACGGUUCCAGUGUACAAAUUGUUUUGCAGGACACAAGUAUUGUCACAACAGAAGACCACCCCAUGCAUCUUCAUGGAUACCAUUUCUACAUUGUUGGAUCAGGUUUUGGCAACUUCAACCCACAAAGCGAUCCUGCUAGGUUCAACCUCUUUGACCCACCACAGAGGAAUACCGUUGGAACUCCUCCCGGUGGAUGGGUAGCCAUUCGAUUUGUAGCUGAUAACCCAGGAAUUUGGUUGAUGCACUGUCAUCUUGAUGCUCAUCUUGCCCUGGGUUUGGCAAUGGCUUUUCUAGUUGAAAAUGGUUCUGGACAACUACAGUCCGUGAUACCUCCCCCAGCAGAUCUGCCUCGAUGUUAAAUUAUCAAUAGGGAAUCACCACUCAAAACCCAAACAUACCCACCAGAAGGAUUUGUUGUUUCUCUCGUGUGCUUUGAUUUACAAGAAAUUAUGCUGAACAUGAAUGCUAUAGAUUAAAAUAUAUGUAUUCAUCUGGAGUAGUAAUCCAGAAUUAGACUUUGUUGAAUUCAAAUAGGUGUUUUGUCGUGUUCCUAGGUUUCUGUAAUUUGUUCUUUGAUUGAAGGAAAUGAUUAAAUUAUCUGUGCAAUAAACAUUUUACAAAAUUUCACUCGA